AUGGUCUACGACCCAAACUUGUACCGCGACAAAGAGCGCUUUCUUGGCGUUCUCAUCGCCGAUCUUACACCUACCCAACUCGAUGCAGUCCAGGAACUCUUCGCCAUUGGCGCCAACAUGUGCUCUCCAUAUCCUGCAGAGCAGCUGUUCAUCGAAGACAAACGCGACUUGUCAAACCUCUCCCAUGCAGACUUGAGGAGAGCCUUCCUUGAUGCAGAUCCCUUACUUGUUAUCGACGCUCAAACGCCCACCGACGGCGGUGUCUGGUAUCUUGACCAUUUUGCUGAGCAAUUCGACGUCGAUCAGGGAUUAGCCGAGAACUUGGACACUCUCUACAAGAUUCGCAUGGAUAUUCGCGACGUUGUCAUCACGCAUGUGAACUACAAUAUCGCCAAUACCGAUAUCCGAAAUGAUCUAGAAACGGUCGGUGUACCUUAUCCCAUACCGGAGGAUUUUGUUCAGGACAAAAUGUUCUGCAUGGGUUUCGAUCACAUCAAGUAUCGUUACGUAAACCCAACUUGGGUCACAGCUACACCGGACGAGCUAGAAGAGAGUACAAAUGGCAGAGACUUGGACAACUUCAUUCCGCGGCCGGAGAUUGUCUAUCGAAUCAAAGAAGAUAUUGCGAGAGAGGCGGGCUUGAAGAGCGCAUGGAUGAUCGCGAGCGAUAGAUCCGAGGAAGCGGAAUUACCUGAUGGCACCAAAAUAGCAUUUCCCCCAGGGAGCAAGAUCGUGCAGUCCACAUACGAUCCCGAUGUAGCGGUCCCAGUGUACAAGAAACCGGAGGGAAGCUUAUAG